AUGACGCCUGUAAUCAAGUCGGCCAAACUCUUCUAUGACUUUGUCCCCACACUCCUUUCACUGCCAUUCACCCCGCCAGGCAUCACCACUGUGCUCACCCUGUCCACGAUCAGCUUGGACACCCGCACAGACCUGCCCAAGGUGCACUAUGCCACGGCCAUCGACUGGUUCAUCCUGAUGAGUUUCGGCUACUGCAUCGCUACACUACUGCAGUUCGCUGGAGUCCACUUCUUCACCAAGGUAGGCUCUGGUGAGAUUGUGGCAGAAGAGGACGAGUGGGAGGACGUAGAGGAGGUAGACGAGGUUUGUGAAUUGGAGGAGCCUCAGGAGCAUGUGCAGCCAUUUGGCGAAGCCUCUGCGGACAGUCGACGAGAGAUCGUUUUCAUCAACUCGAGUCACCAGACAUGUCCUCCUGGAGCUGCAAUCAUCUAUGCCACACUCAACUCGGACUCAGGGGUUAUGAACCACUCUGGGGACAGCCUUGCAACCUUCAGGAACACGGAGACACAGACCGAGAAGAAGGAGCGGUGUUGGUCGCAGUGCUACCACUGCGUCUUAGGGGAUGAGACUUAUCGCAGAGAGAAGCAGAGGAUCGCCUACCUUGAGCGAUCCGUCAACUCUGUGUCGACUAUUGACACCGUCAGCCGCAUCAUGUUCCCUCUCUCCUAUGGGCUGCUCAACCUUUGGUACUGGUAUUCUUACUACGACACUCAGCUGGUUUUCAAUUGGACGGACCCAGGCUUCGACGACUUGGGACUCGCACUACACGACAAAAAUCCAAUAGCCGGGGCAGAGAAGCGUCACGGCCUGUAGCCAGACAAAUGUGCUAUCAGCUAUAUUGAUUUUAACGGAAGCAUGGAACUAUACUAUCAUGCCAAAACAGAAGAUAAAGAGUCGCCGGCGUGAGUGUAGUCAGACUCAAGUCGAGUGACAGAUUAAGGGACUGUCUGGUACACAUGAAUUUGUAAAGGACAAAUGGCAGUAGGAUCGUUAUAUAUAUUGAAAAAUACACUAGCCAAUAUAAGCUGCUCGAUGAUACUCUCCUCAGGCGGUCGGCAAUAUUUAUUUCAUGGUUCACCAAGCAACAUCCAGCUCCUUGACCAAGCUAUCUGAACCCUUGAUCAGGAGAGACGAAACGCUGCUGGAUUUAAAGAUGCGAUAAAAAUAUCAUCAACAUCGCGUGAAUAUAAAAAAAAACGACGACACAGAACCAGAAGUUAGCAGGCUUGGUCACUGCAACAUUUUGAUGGGAAAGGCUCCGUUCCUCACAUCACUAUCUAACACACUUUUGAGAUGUGGUCCGAGCUGCCCAGCACAAAGUUUAAAUUAAAUAUUGUUUUAUGCAUGUAAAUGUGCGUGGGGGAGUUGGCUAUUUGGUGAAGAUGAAGAGAUGAAUAUAAACAUACGUGCAUACACACACACACAC